AUGCCUGCUGGCCCUGCAUCUAAUGUUUUCCGUUGUUCAAUCCUCCUUACGUUCCUUUUCAGUUGGGCAGCAAGCCUCCUCCUUCCUGAGAUACCAGCAGAUGUACGGAUGACUACUUUCGAAAAGAACCGGCCAUUCCCGGACAGAGAGUGCAACUCGACAGGAUGGAGCUCUCUCCAUCAUGGAGCUUUGGCCCAUCAGUAUUCGGAAAUGCUUGUGCGGAUGCAGGGCAAGCGCGUCUUGUUUGGCGGCGAUUCGCUCAUGGACAUGGUGUACCAUCCCUUUAUAUGCAGCGCCGCUGCAUUUGGUUGGAGCAUAUCCGAUGUGCCUGUUGGCCUAUGGGGAAGCCGGGCGGACGAGUCUGCUGGUACCCAAGCAAAAAUGUUCACGAAGGAGAACCAUAAGCCCAUUGUAGUUGCUUACAUGCGAUUCUAUAACUAUCAUGUCGGCAUGGACAACAUUAAGCCUGUUGACGUGUUCCGAUUUCCGCUGAAGCCCCCGAAUUUCGACGUCGUUUUCCUCAACAUGGCUCACAACGCGAUGUUCACACGUAGUCCCAAACUGGUCCAGGACCUGACGAACGAGUUAAUCCGUCAUGCGAACGAGGCCACACAUAUCGGCCGCGUGGUGUUCUUAGGCCACCCCCCGCAGCACUUCAAGACCGAGACUGGGGAGUACAAUGGCCCAGAGACUGGGGACUGCGCGUGCCACAACAGGGCUGCGCUGGAGCGGCAGCAAAUUUUCCAGCACAACUCUCUUGUGGAGGCUGAGGUUGCCAAGGACAACGAGCGCUCUGACGGGAAGUGUGCUUUUGCUAACCCGUGGAGUUAUUACGCAGAUUUGUGCGGACUUCACGGUCAUUUGCAAGGACAAGGAUGGGGAUCGGGCGAUAUAGAUUGCACACAUUUUCCAGAAGAUGCUGUCGCAAAGCACGCCCCAUUCUUGGAGGAUCUUCUUGCCACGGCGGGCGUUUGA